CCACCGGCGGUGGCGUCCCCGCGGCAUCCGAUUUUUCAAGAUGGCGUCGUCGCCAAAAUUCGGGGGAGUCUGCGGCGGUCGCGCCGCGCCCGUGACUCCCUUUCGCCGGGAGUGAAUCGUUUCCCGGUGUCCGAAAAAUUCCCCGAACGCCGGAACACCUAGCGGGCCCCCAAAAGCAUGGCGUCCCGCUGCUGAGUGAGACCACGAAUCGGCCGGCAAGACGGCUGCCGUUUGGCGCAUCUUGACUCUGCGAAACUGCGACAAAAAGAAAAUUGUCCUGGCUGUUCCGGUGCGUGUCGUGAUACUCGGCCCGUACCGUCCGAGCGCCGUCACCUUCGGCGUCCGAGACAAGGCGUGUUGCGACUCCGACGCGGUCUGAACCGGGAGGGAGGACAUGCCGUCGUCAUUCGACGCCUUCCUCCAGGGAAGGGUCAAGUCGCUCAUCUCCAGCUAUGAGCAGUCUGUGGCGUCGGCCCGGGCGGCUGUGCUGGUCUACGAUGACCACAACAAGAAGUGGGUGCCCAGCGGCUCGUCAAGCGGCCUCUCCAAGGUGCACAUCUACCAACACACGGUCAAUGGCACCUUCCGCAUCGUUGGCCGGAAGCUGCACGACCAUGAGGUGGUGAUAAACUGUGCCAUCCUCAAGGGCCUCAAGUACAGCCAGGCGACGGGCACGUUCCACCAGUGGCGCGACAACCGCACAGUCUACGGCCUCAACUUCAGCAGUAAAGAUGACGCCGACAACUUUGCCGUUGCCAUGCUGCGGGCCAUCGACCUGCUCAACCAAAACAGUUCAACAGGGCCAAGGGUACAGCCGGCACCACCUCCGGUGCCUCAGCAUGCAUCACAGCCCAUCUAUCAGACAAUUGGCACCGUUGCACAGCAGGAAGAUACAGAUCACCAACGAAACUGGCAAAAUCAGCAACCGGUCCAUUACAUGGCAACAAAUGCAGUGGGCAGUUCUAGCCACCCGGCCACUCCCGCUAGUGGCCCGCCUCAGGCUCCGCCCCAGGCUCCGCCCUUUCCACAGGCCCCGCCUCAGCUGCCGCAGCAACCUCAAGCCAAUGCAGUCAUGGGGCACCAUCGGACAUCAUCUGCACCAGGAACCAACGGAGGUGCGCCUCCUCCUCCGCCACCGGGCGGUACGUCGGGCAUGAGUGUGGCAGCGAGCAGCGUGGUGGCCAGUGGGCCUCCGCCUGCUCCGGCGCCACCCCCGUCGGCAGGCGUGGCCACCGGGGGUGCCCCGCCCCCUCCCCCACCUCCGCCUCCUCCCGGCGGCAGCCAGGGCCGAGACGAUGACUCGUCGCCCCUGUCCCUAGCCACAGCACUGGCAAACGCGAAGCUCAAGAAGACCUCCAACAAGAUGCGGACUGGCCUCUGGUGCCCCAUGAUAUACGAAGGCACAGACACGCUGAAGAAGUCGCAGGGGAGUGGGGGAGUGCCCAUGAUGGGCAUGGCGAGCAUGAUAGAUGAGAUGAGGGGCACCCUGGCCAAGAGACGAGCACAAGCGGAAAACAGCCAAAGUCAGGGAGCUUGUCUUUCAAAGCCCUACGCGCAUGGCCUAUUCAAUUUUCAGAGUUUCCUCGAAAUUGAGGAGGCUGAGUCGUCGACAGAUUCUCGGAGGACGUGGGACAAGCAGGGUUCGACCAAUGGCAACAGCCCCAGCAAGGUGGCUGCCAGCGGUGCUGAGUCACCAAAGUCCGGUCGCGGGCAGCGCAUCGGGUCGCUGGGUGACACGGACGUCAUGAAGGUGAACGGCGUGGAUGUGCUCGACAUGGACAAGCUCAAACAGGAGAUCAUGUCCGAGAUCCGCCGUGAGGUCAGCAAGAUGAAGCAGGACAUCAUUGAGGCUAUCAAGAUCGAAUUAAACCGAAGAUAAGGACUUCGCACCUCCUGGUCUUCUGUGUGCUGCCAUUCGGUACGGGACUUGAAACGUCGUCGUACGGAUCUCCAUUGCCUCUACAAGUCGCUACCACCAAAAUAUUGAUCGACACACCAUUAGAGCAACGAGGGAUGAGCUGACAUUUUCGUGCCGAGGAUGCAGUGAUGGCACCUUUCUUGUUUUUUUUUUUUUUCAUCUUUUGCAAUGUUUUUAGUGAAUGACUCUUACUUUUUUUUUAUGUGCGAGAAAUGUAAGAGCUGUAUUUACAGCGA